UGUUCCCAACUGGAAAACAGUCAUCAGAGUUUUGUAGUUUUCUGAACACAAAUUGCAGGGCGGAGUAGCUUAAAACUACCAACAAAGACCAUUAGGAAUUCAGGAUUCAAUACCCAAUUCGAAUGGAGCUAGACCUAGAUUCUCUCCUCAAUUCAAAUCUCACCGACGACGACAGCGACAGCGAAACCGCCACUUCUCAGCGUCGCACAGUUGACGAGAUCAUUCUCAACGACUCCUCCUCCUCCUCGUCAUCUCCUCCCUCGUCUCCGAAGCGAAUCGAUGUUUCGAAUAAUUCGAAAACCCUAACACUUGUAAACAGAUCACCUGAAUUGCCUUAUGCUGAUGCACGGAAUCGAAAUGCUUUGCCUGCUUUAUUUGGCAGCAGUAGCAGUAGUGUGAGAUCCAGUGUUAAGCCUGGUGCUGCUUUGGCUGCUGCUUUUGCUGCGUCUCGGAAUGCUCAGUCGCCUCACGCUGCUGCUAUUAAGCUGCGGAGAGCUAGUGCUUCUUCUGUUGAGGUUAAUGAGGUAGUUUCUCAACCGCUUGCUGUUGAAACUGAACUUUCUAGUAGUUUUGAUGUUGAUGAUGCGGUUAGAGAUGUUAAUUAUGGAAUGAGUAAUUUGAGGGAUAGUUUUACGGAACGGAAUGAAGGAUAUGAAGUUACAAGUGUAUCUUAUGUGAAUGAAUCGAGCCGUGAUAAUUUUGAACUAGUUUUGGAUAUGCACAUUGCUCCUACUCCUAGUUUAACUACUGAAGAAGAGAAAGAAGAAUGUAAUUCGAAAAAUUCCGUAUUACGUGAUGACUCUGCUUUUGAUGUUAAUACAGAAAAUUUUAUUGGUGAACAAAAUGUAGAUAAUAAUGCAUUGGAAUACGAGAAUGGGAGAGUGGUUGAGGAGGAUUUCAUAUCGAUAUUAGAGAAACAUGAUGAAGCGGAGGGAAUACCUUCGUCUGAAAAAGAAGUAGAAGAUAAUGUGAAUCAAUAUGAAAACACGUUCUCAAGUGAUGGUUCGGAACCUUACGAAAACAUUGAUAUGCAAUUGGAAAAUAGGGGGAGUGAAACAACUAGGGAGGAAACUCACAUUUACAUGAAGCCUCUUGAUAUGGCAGAAGAACUUGAGAAGAAAUAUGCACUUACAGAUUCACAGGGAAAGAAAGACGCAGCCUCCCAACCUAUGAGGUUAGAGGGUGUGCACCAUGGGUCUACUGUGUUGGGAUACUUUGACAUUAAUGCCAACAACACUGUUACACGCACAAUUUCUUCCGAAACAUUUAGGCGAGAUCAUGGAUCUGCACAAGUUUUGGCUGUUCAUCUCAACUAUAUUGCUAUUGGAAUGUCAAAAGGGGUGAUUAUCUGCUUUCCAAGUAAAAAAACCCCUAUGGUUGCCGAUAGUAGCGAUGCAAAGAUCGUGAUGCUUGGAAUACAAGGGGAAAGAUCUCAUGCCUCAGUCAUGGCCAUGUGUUUCAAUCGGCAAGGGGACUUGCUUUUUGCAGGAUACGCUGAUGGGCAUUAUACUGUUUGGGAUGUCCAGAAAGCUACUUCUCUUAAAAUCAUUAGGGAACACAAGGCACCAGUGGUGCACAUAUUUUAUCUUGGACUGGAUUCUCAAACCAGUCGGCAGUUUAAUGUGGUUAGUGGUGACAGUAAAGGGGUGAUUAAGGUGAUACACUUUAAAUAUGUUCCAUGGAUGAAUAGGAUAUCCAUAAAUAAACAAGUGACUCUUCUUGAUGAAACAACAAGCACAGUUGUUUGUGCUUGUCCUUUGCUCUUUGACGAAUAUUCUGGAGGUGCCUUGACUUCUGCCCAGGGGAGUGCUACAGUAAAUAGCAGUAGUAUUGGAAGCAUGAUGGGAGGUGUAGUCGGGGGUGACUGGAAACUGUUUGAGGGCUCUUCUGUGGUUGAAGAAGGUGUGGUCAUAUUUGUCAGUCAUCAGUCAGCAUUGGUGGCAAAAGUCAAUCCAGGUGUUGAAGUCUAUGCACAACUUCCGAGACCUGAAGGGGUUCGGGAGGGGUGUAUGCCUUAUGCCGCCUGGAAAUACAUGAGACAACCAUUCACUUCUAUUAACGAUGUGCCUGACAAAUCAUCAGAGAGAGUUGGGCUGCUUGCGCUUGCAUGGGAUCGGAAAGUUCAGGUUGCAAGGUUGGUAAAGUCGGAGCUAAAAAUAUUUAGGAAGAUGACACUUAAAAGCUCAGCUGUAGGGGUGACAUGGUUGGAUGACCAGUUGUUAGUGGUUCUUACAUCAGAUGGACAACUAUGUUUGUUUGAAACUGAAGAAGGGAUUCUGAUUCACCAGACAAGUUUUGCUGUGGAUGGAUCUCGAGCAGAUGAUCUCAUAGCCUACCAUUCCCAGUUCAGUACUACUUCUGGAAGCCCAGAAAAAGCAUAUCAUAAUUGUGUAGCAAUAUCUGGUGCUUCUAUUUAUGUACUUGGGCCAAAGCAGCUUACUGUUUCUUGCCUUCUUCCCUGGAAGGAGAGGAUUGAAGUUUUACGAAAAGCAGGAGACUGGAUAGGUGCCUUAAACAUGGCAAUUUCACUUUAUAAUGGGGACACCCAUGGAGUCAUUGAUUUUCCUAGGACAUCAGAUGAAGUGAACAAUACUGUUAUGCCCUACCUAGUAGAGUUACUUUUAUCUUAUGUUGAUGAAGUAUUUUCAUACAUAUCAGUAGCAUUCUGCAACCAGAUUGGCAAGCUGGAUCAGUUAGAGGACUCCAGCACUAGUGGUUCUGUACAUUCCGAGAUAGAAGAGCAGUUUACUCGUGUCGGUGGUGUUGCUGUAGAGUUUUGUGUUCAUAUCAAGAGAACUGAUGUUCUUUUUGAUGAAAUUUAUUCUAGAUUUGUUUCUGUUAAACAUAAAGAUACAUUUUUGGAGCUUUUGGAACCAUAUAUAUUGAAUGACAAGCUUGGAUCCCUUCCACCUGAGAUUAUGCAAGCACUGGUAGAGCAUUAUAGCAUGAAAGGUUGGCUGCAGCGAAUCGAACAAUGUGUGCUGCACAUGGACAUAUCUUCCUUGGAUUUCAAUCAGGUUGUCCGCUUGUGCCGGGAGCACAGGUUGUAUGGUGCACUGAUAUAUUUGUUUAACAAAGGUCUGGAUGAUUUCAGAACACCAUUAGAGGAGCUUUUAGUUGUUUUACAAAAUAGCCAAAAAGACAUUGCUGCUUCCAUUGGGUACAGGAUGCUUGUUUACCUGAAGUACUGUUUUUUAGGCCGUGCAUUUCCUCCAGGACCAGGAAUUCUUUCUCCAACACGCUUACAGUCUGUUCGAAGAGAACUUGUACAAUUUUUACUGGAGGAUUCCAAGAUUCCAAGUUCACCUGGACCUGCAAGCUCAUGCUUAACGCCGCACCCAAACCUAUUUCAUUUGUUAUUUUUGGACACGGAAGCUACUUUAGAUGUUCUGAAGUGGGCAUUUGUAGAAGAUGAAGUUCAAAAAUCAGACCAUCCUUCACCUGUAUCAGCCCUCUCAAAUAUGGACUCCACAAAAGAUCAAUUCUUCCAGAAUUUGUUGCAGAAGACGAUUGAUGUUCUUGCUGUAAUCAUUGAUCAAAGAUGCUCCCCAAAUAACAGAUCUGUCAGUAACUAUGAUGUCGAAUUUAAAGAAAUUUGGCCUUCAAAGAAAGACAUUAGUCAUGUCAUUGACUUUGUUGCCUACUAUAUCUCGUGCCAAAAGGCUACUGUCUCGAAGAAUAUAUUGGGUGAAAUAUUAGUGUACCUGACAUCAACAGCGGAUGUUGAUAUUCAUCCAAUGGUUUCAAGACAGAAUCUACAAGCUUUUAGAAAAAGAGAAAAGCAAGUUCUUGAAAUUCUGGAAGUAGUGAACGAGACAGAUUGGGAUGCGUCAUACUUGUUAAGUUUGUGCGAGGAAGCACAGUUUUACCAGGUUUGUGGUUUCAUUCAUGCAAUUGGACAUCAGAAUCUUGCUGCUUUGGAGAGCUAUAUGAAAGAUGCUGAAGAACCAAUCCAUGCCUUUUCCUUUAUAAGUUCUACACUGCUUCAACUUCAUGGAAAUCUUUCCGAUGCUUUUCUAUCAGAAAUUAUGUCACGAAUUCCAGAUUUGGUCAAAUUAAGCAGAGAGGGCACAUUCUUUUUGGUGGUUGAGCAUUUCGGCAGCGAUCAUGAUCGUGCUUUACGUGAGAUGGAAUCGUGUCCUAAAAGCCUCUUCCUCUAUCUAAAGACUAUAAUGGAAGCUCACACGAAGGGGUCUCUUAACUUUUUGUGUUUCAAGAAAGGUGAUAAUGUAAAUAUUCGCAGUGGAAGAAGGAAUAGAUGUCAUCCUAAUAGAAUUGAGACGUACAUGGAAAGGAUUUCUGAAUUUCCAAAGUUGAUGCGUGAUAAUCCAGUUCAUGUAACAGAUAAUAUAGUUGAACAGUAUCUUGAGCUAUUAUGUCAAUAUGAACCCAGUUCGGUACUCAAUUUCCUGGAGACUUUUGAGAACUAUAGGGUCGAACACUGUUUACGUUUGUGUCAGAAGUAUGGGGUGGUAGAUGCUACUGCUUUUUUAUUAGAACGGGUUGGUGAUGUUGGCACUGCUCUCUCACUUACUCUUUCGGUCCUCGAUGACAAAUUUACCAUUCUUGGUACCACUGUUCAAGAUUUACUUUCUAAAUCUAGUAUGAAGAGUUUCAACACUGUUUUGCAGAAGAAAGAGGUAAAUGACAUACUUGAGAUAGUGCGUGCCUGUAUUGGACUAUGCCAGCGGAACAGCCCUCGAAUGGAUUUUGACGAGUCUGAGUCCCUCUGGUUCCGAUUACUUGAUUCGUUUUGUGAACCAUUGAUUGAUUCCUACAGCACCAAAGUGAAUUCUGAGGGAAAAUUUAGCACGGAUACUUUAGCUAACUCAUUGGACAGCGAAGAAAAUAAAUCAGGGUACGGAAUCAGGUGGAAGCUAUCAAGAUUUGAAAAAAGUGCUUACAUUUUAAGGAAAUUGUUUUCUUUGUUCAUUAAAGAGAUUGUUGAGGGAAUGAUUGGUUACGUCCGCCUUCCGACCAUUAUGAUGAAACUCCUAUCUGAUAAUGGUAGCCAGGAAUUUGGUGAUUUUAAAGUGACUAUCUUGGGAAUGCUUGGGACAUAUGAUUUUGAAAGAAGGAUUUUGGACACUGCUAAAUCAUUGAUUGACGAUGACAACUACUAUACCAUGAGCCAACUGAAGAAGGGGGCUUCUCAUGGGUAUGGGCCUAAGAGUCUGUUAUGUUGCAUAUGUAAUUGCCCACUUUCGAGAAACUCCACAACCUCUAGAAUUCAAGUAUUCAGUUGUGGACAUACAACCCAUCUGCAGUGUGAACUUCAAGAAAAUGAGGCAUUACAGGGAGGAUUUUCGGCAGGAUGCCCCAUAUGUAUACCUAAGAAGAACACUCAGGGUUCUAAAAGUAAGUCUGCCUAUGCAGAGCCUGGAUUAGUAAGAAGACCUUUGUCAAGAAACCAGCCAGCAGAAGGGAACAGCCUCCAUCUAAAUGAUAGUGAAGCAGCUGAGAGUUCCUAUGGUUAUCAUCCAAUUUCAAGGUAUGAAAUCUUAACUAGUCUUCAGAAAGACAAUAGUUUGAAUCAUGUAGAUAAUACACCUCAGUUAAGACUUGCGCCACCAGCCCUUUAUCAUGAAAAGGUGAAGAACAAUUUUUUUGGUGAAGCAAGUAGCAGUGGAAAGGUAAAGAAAGGAAAUGAUCUUUUAAGAGGAGAAAGUGUUGGUAAUUCUGCAAAACUUCGAAAAACAAGUAAAAGCAAGCAACUUAGAGAUUUAAAGUUGAAAGGAUCUUCCAUUCGAUUUCCAUUGAAAGCAAAUAUUUUUGGCAAGGAGAUGAUUAGCCGGAGGCUACACUAAAACAGCAGAUACCUUCAAGGGAAUUAUGGCUGGAGUAUUUUCAUGAAUCUGCUCAACAGCAUUAAUAAUUGCUUUGAUGUAGAGGAAACAACGUCAUUCAAUGUCAUGCGGAAGUGUUUUGACCCAGAGUAAUUUGCAAGGCAAUGUGAUUACCUUGGAGAUUUGUUAUUGGCAUCGUCCUUUCUUUGCCUUGGGGAAUAAUAAGUUCCACGUUUCCAUAUUUUCACCCUAUUUAUCUACUUAUACUGUUGAUAUGGAGAGACAAGUGUGGUAACUUGGCAAAAUAGAGAUGAAGCAAGGCGGAGAAGUACAAAGAUGUAUGGGCCAAUUAUUGUAGAGUCAGUUUCCUUGCCAAUGCUCCCCUAUACGUAUUAAUUAGCAGCAAAACUCACCUGGCAAUCAAUUGGCAUUUACCAGAACUUUGGUUUUUGAAUUGCUAUCUUCUGGUACAAGUCAAAACUUUCCAUUACAAUUAUGUAUAUUGUUGUAUAGAUCAAUUAAACACUUUAUGCAUGUUCCAUUGACGGUUCUUAUUAUUUUUGCAAAGUUGUGGAAGUUUUUUCGUAA